UUCUUGAUUGUGCAUGUGCAGUUUUUGGCCUUUCUAUAAGUGUUGCUGACUGACUGGGCAUUAUCUAUCCAAUGACUACAGAGUAUCUAGUCUAAAGCUUUACUAAGUUAUACUAAAUUUACCUAAAUCUUUUGAUCCCUUGGGAUACAGGUUCUAAAAGUGUUCGUCUAACUAUCCUCCUGCCUCCACUUCGCAUUUUGCGUACUGCAUUCUCCAUGUCUCAAAUGACCACGGCAUCAUUAAGAGAUACGGCGAUAGUUCCCUCAUAUCUUACUGCCCCCAUCCUGCACAAGAUGGGAUAUCUACUCCUAAUGCCUAAGUUAAAACGCGGGGAGUACUUACCGAUGACCGAAAUGCUAACUUAGCGCUUCAGCCUAACCUUGUCCCGACCGAGGUUCGUUUUGCUGCUUAAACACCAACCGCCAAUUUAUUAAUCAUCUUCCUUCUUCACCAAAUUGUGAUUCCGGUCUCUACUAAUCCUCGACUUUGGCCUUCGUUCAUUUCGCCUUCAUACUGCCCGAAUAAUCAAAUCACGCUCGGUCCUCCCAUCCAUCCAUCCAUCACACCUCGUGCAUGCGCAUGCGCGCUCUCUUUUGCCGAUCAUACACCAUCAUGUCCUCCUCCUCCUCUUCAGCAUCGUCCUCAUCAGCAUCACCAUAUCCCUUUGCCACCGCCCCCGACAUCAUCCGCUCUCACCAAAAGGAUGCAUACUUCACCGGCCACCUCACGCAGAUCCUGAGCGAUCUGCAUCGUCGCCUUCGCGGUGCCCGUCUCACACACGCCUGCGCACCCGAGAUUCAGACCCUGGCAACGCUCGCCUACUUUACUCUCACUACAAUUCCCGGCAACCGAACCCUAGGUGAGGAGUAUUGCGAUCUUGUGCAGAUAGAUGCGCGUGAUGGUCAACUUCCUGCUAUCGGCCGUCGCGCAGGCUACGUAGCUGCCAGCAUUCUUCUCCCCUAUAUCGCGGCCCGGAUUCUCCCUGGACUACGCGCUCGGUUGCGCAACCUUCUACAGCGCCGGUUAGAGGGCCUUCGCAAACGAGAUAACGGCUCGGCGACAGGGUGCGAAGCGCGCAUGUGGUCUUACUUAGACCAGCAUCUGGGCUCUUUCACAUCAGGCGCUCCUUUCAAGGCCGUUAUUCUAGCCCUUUUCUACUUCAGUGGUACAUAUUACCAGCUGUCCAAGAGGCUUCUUUCCCUGCGAUACGUUUUCACACGUACCGUUCCUGAUACACCCGAUCGUGCAGGAUACGAACUCCUAGGUGUACUGCUAGUCAUUCAACUUGCGGUCCAGGGCUAUACCCAUGUUCGAUCUACAAUUACCGAGUCAGCAGCUCGCGAACGCGCUGCUUUUGGGGCUUCUGAUGAUAUCUCUUUGAAUCAUGACGGAGCCUACAAUGGCGAUAACAACCUAUUGCUACCCACAGGAGCUUCAAGCUCAAAGGCUAAAGUCGACAUCUUUGCUGCCACACACACCCCAGCAGCAGCUGUACCACGUAUUCAAUUGACUGAUGGCAAGGCCAUGGGCUACAUCAAGGGUGGACAACAAAGAAAGUGCACACUGUGCUUGGAAGAGAUGAGAGAUCCCUCAGCGACACAAUGCGGUCAUGUCUUCUGUUGGGAGUGUAUAGGAGACUGGGUGAGGGAAAAACCCGAAUGCCCUUUAUGUCGACGUGAAGCCAUGGCUCAACACAUCUUACCACUACGUGUGAUGUAAUGGCUUACUAGUUAGAUGUGAUUUGCAAGAUAUCCAAUUCAGAUGAACAAAUAUUAAUAUGCUCAAUCACAUCCUCGAUGCGAGAUGC